GCUAACAUUUGUGUAAUGAUCAAAGAGAGUAGCAAUCCUAUAUAAGCCAACACGCUCACUCACUUGUUCCAGUAACCCUAGUUCGUUGCACUGUCACUGAGCCACUCCCACUCCUUCACCAGUUGUUCUACACUACUCAGAAGCCACAGGGAUUCAUCAACAAAAGCUACCAUGUCGGAUGAUGAGAGGGAGGAGAAGGAGUUGGAUCUCACUUCUCCUGAAGUUGUCACUAAGUACAAGAGCGCAGCUGAGAUUGUUAACAAGGCUUUGCAGUUAGUUAUUUCAGAAUGUAAACCGAAGGCCAAGAUUGUUGACAUUUGCGAGAAAGGAGAUUCAUAUAUUAGAGAGCAAACUGGUAACAUGUACAAGAAUGUGAAGAGGAAGAUUGAGAGAGGUGUUGCUUUUCCUACGUGUCUGUCGGUGAACAAUACUGUCUGUCACUUUUCUCCUCUUGCCAGUGAUGAAACGGUGUUGGAAGAAGGUGAUAUAUUGAAAAUAGAUAUGGCUUGUCAUAUAGAUGGGUUUAUUGCUGCUGUUGCGCACACUCAUGUUCUUCAGGAGGGGCCAGUUUCAGGACGGGCAGCUGAUAUCAUUGCAGCUGCAAACACUGCUGCUGAAGUGGCCUUGAGGCUUGUAAGGCCAGGAAGGAAGAACAAGGAUGUAACUGAUGCAAUUCAGAAAGUUGCUGCUGCCUAUGACUGUAAAAUUGUUGAGGGUGUUCUCAGCCACCAAAUGAAACAGUUUGUGAUUGAUGGGAAUAAGGUUGUGCUAAGUGUAUCUAAUCCAGAUACAAGGGUGGAUGAUGCAGAGUUUGAGGAGAACGAAGUUUAUGCAGUUGAUAUUGUAGCAAGCACUGGAGAAGGCAAGCCUAAGCUGUUGGAUGAGAAGCAGACAACUAUUUAUAAGAGAGCGGUUGACAAGAGCUAUCACUUGAAGAUGAAAGCAUCUAGGUUUAUUUUUAGUGAAAUAAGCCAAAAGUUUCCUAUCAUGCCAUUCUCAGCUAGGGCUUUGGAAGAGAAACGAGCUCGUUUGGGUUUAGUGGAAUGUGUGAAUCAUGAGCUCCUGCAACCAUAUCCUGUUCUGCAUGAAAAGCCCGGUGAUUAUGUUGCGCACAUCAAAUUCACAGUCUUGCUAAUGCCAAAUGGAUCUGAUCGAAUCACAUCUCAUUCCCUCCAGGAAUUGCAGCCCACCAAAACAAUAGAUGAUCCUGAAAUCAAGGCCUGGCUAGCAUUGGGCACAAGGACAAAGAAGAAGGGUGGUGGAAAGAAGAAGAAAGGUAAGAAAGGGGCAGAAGCUGAGCUAAUGGAGGGAACAAAUGGUGACACACCGCAAGAGCAAGAUUGAGUUCCCCUUAACAAAGGCCCCUUUGGUUUCACUUUUGAGCCCAUUUUUUGGUACAUUUUUCACCAAUUUGUAUCUUGCUUGAACGUGAAUUCAGUACAGCUUUUGGACAUCUAAUGUUAAUAGGAAUUUCCUUGUGCACUUUCCAAUUGUCCUUCACCAUGCUGUACGCCUGAUCAAGCAUAAAUGCUUGUUUGUUGGGGGCCUAUUUUACAAACCAAAGAUAUCAAAUUUUUAAAACUGGAUUUUAUGUU